GGAAGGGUUUGUAGAUGGAGGCCUGUGGCCUGCUAGGAACGCCUUUGGCUUUUCGUAGGGAUGGCUCUUGCUCACCGAGCCUUACAAAGAUAAUCGCUCAGGAAGUGUUUCAGCCAAUCCGGAGCAGCUUUACACUCCGAUUUGCCGGAUCAGCCAAUCGGGGAUGAGCUUUUAUUAGGCGGCCAGAUCAUCAGCCGAAGUGCCAAACCCUUUUUCUGUGAGAACUGGGAGCCUGUCCUCCAUGUUUUAUAAGUAUUGACAUUACACAGUGUUAGCAAUGCAUCCACAGAGCUCCCAUCCUGAAUUCUCUCCUCCCUGCAGACCUGGGAUUCUCCUAAGCUCGUCUCCAUCUUGCCGUGGGGUUUCAGUCCUGAGGCUGCCUUUCCCGAGUCGUCUCUUUGCCUGGUCACUGGCUCAGACCACGGAACACAGACAGGACAUUCUCCAGCCUUCUUCCUGUCCUGCCUCUCAGUCUUCCAAAUGGAAAAUUCCAGCCAUAUCAAUUGUUUGGCUGAGGAGGAAAUAAAAACAGAACCGGAGGUGGUGGUGGAAGGCAUGGAUGUCUCCACACGAUCUAAAGAUCCUGGCUGUAUGGAGAGAACGGCCCAGAAGCGCAAGUUCCCCAGCCCGCCACACUCCUCCAACGGCCACUCACCACAAGACCCCUCGGCUGCCACCAGCCCUAUUAAAAAGAAAAAGAAACCCGGCUUACUCAACAGUAACAAUAAGGAGCAGUCAGAACUAAGACAUGGUCCGUUUUACUAUAUGAAGCAGCCACUCACCACAGACCCUGUUGAUGUUGUACCGCAGGAUGGACGGAAUGAUUUCUACUGCUGGGUCUGUCACCGGGAAGGCCAAGUCCUUUGCUGUGAGCUCUGUCCCCGGGUUUAUCACGCUAAGUGUCUGAGACUGACAUCGGAACCAGAGGGGGACUGGUUUUGUCCUGAAUGUGAGAAGAUUACAGUAGCAGAGUGCAUCGAGACCCAAAGCAAAGCCAUGACAAUGCUCACCAUUGAACAACUGUCCUACCUGCUCAAGUUUGCCAUUCAGAAAAUGAAGCAGCCCGGGACAGAUGCGUUCCAGAAGCCUGUGCCGCUGGAGCAGCAUCCUGACUAUGCUGAAUACAUUUUCCACCCCAUGGAUCUUUGCACAUUGGAAAAGAAUGCGAAGAAGAAAAUGUACGGCUGCACCGAGGCCUUUCUGGCUGACGCCAAGUGGAUUUUACACAACUGCAUCAUUUAUAAUGGCGGAAAUCACAAGUUGACGCAAAUAGCGAAAGUCGUCAUCAAAAUCUGUGAGCACGAGAUGAAUGAAAUCGAAGUAUGUCCAGAAUGUUACCUAGCAGCUUGCCAGAAACGAGACAACUGGUUUUGUGAGCCUUGUAGUAAUCCACACCCAUUGGUGUGGGCAAAGCUGAAGGGGUUUCCAUUCUGGCCCGCAAAAGCUCUGCGAGAUAAAGAUGGACAGGUGGAUGCUCGGUUCUUUGGACAGCAUGACAGGGCCUGGGUUCCAAUAAAUAAUUGCUACCUCAUGUCUAAAGAAAUUCCUUUUUCUGUGAAGAAGACUAAAAGUAUCUUCAACAGCGCCAUGCAGGAGAUGGAAGUUUACGUGGACAAUAUCCGCCGGAAGUUUGGCGUCUUUAAUUACUCUCCGUUCAGGACACCCUACACGCCCAACAGCCAGUACCAAAUGCUGCUGGACCCCAGCAACCCCAGCGCCGGCACAGCCAAGCUUGACAAGCAGGAGAAGGUCAAGCUCAACUUCGACAUGACAGCCUCGCCCAAGAUCCUGAUGGGCAAGGCCAUGCUGAGCGGGGCCCCCGGCCGCCGCAUCUCCCUGUCGGACAUGCCCAGGUCCCCCAUGAGCACCAACUCCUCUGUGCACACGGGCUCCGACGUGGAGCCGGACGCUGAGAAGAAGGCCACGUCCAGCCAUUUCAGUGCCAGCGAGGAGUCCAUGGACUUCCUAGACAAGAGUACAGCUUCUCCAACCUCCACGAAGGCCGGCCAAGCGGGGAGCCUGUCUGGGAGCCCGAAACCUUUCUCUCCCCAAGUAGCAGCGUCCAUCACGACAAAGGUGGAGAGGCCGUGCACCACGGGGAGCAUCCUGAACCUCAACCUGGACCGCAGCAAAGCCGAGAUGGACCUGAAGGAGCUGAGCGAGGCGGUGCAGCAGGCGGCCCCCGUGCCCCUCAUCUCGCCUAAGCGGCAGAUCCGAAGCCGCUUCCAGCUGAACCUGGACAAGACCAUCGAGAGCUGCAAGGCGCAGCUGGGCAUCAACGAGAUCUCGGAGGACGUGUACACGGCCGUGGAGCCCAGCGACUCGGAGGACUCGGAGAAGUCGGACAGCAGCGACAGCGAGUACCUCAGCGAUGAGGACCAGAAGUCCAAGCCGGAGCCCGAGGAGCCGGCCGAGAAGCCGGGGAGCCAGCCGGACAAAGAGCCGGCCUCUGCCAAGAAGAAGCCCAAAGCCACCAACCCGGUGGAGGUCAAGGAGGAGGUGAAAAGCACCUCACCACCGGGCGAGAAGGCAGAGGCGCCGAAGGACAAGGCCAGCCCCGAGUCCCCGAAGGACCUGGCAGACAAAGCCAAACCGUCCCCUGCGCCCGCCAAGGAGAAGCUGAAGGGCAAAGAAGAGACGGACUCCCCCACGCUGCACCUGGGCUUGGACUCCGACUCCGAGAGCGAGCUGGUCAUAGACCUAGGGGACGAGCAUUCUGGGCGGGAGGGGCGGAAAAACAAGAAGGAGCCCAAGGAGCCCUCCCCCAAGCAGGACGCUGUGGGGAAAGCACCCCCAUCCACGGCGGCAGGCAGCCAGUCUCCCCCCGACACGCCAGUGCUCACCCGCUCUGCCACCCAGGCCCCCGCGGCUGGGGUCCCUGCCAGCACCACCACCAGCAGCAGCAGCAGCAGCAGCAGCAGCACCAGCAAUAGCAGCAGCAGCAGCAGCAGCAGCAGCAACAGCAACAGCACGUCCACUGUCACAGUCCCAGCGCCUGCCACCACGGCCAUCACAGGAAGCCCGGUGAAAAAGCAGAGGCCCCUGUUGCCGAAGGAGACUGCCCCGGCCGUGCAGCGGGUCGUGUGGAACGCCUCAAGUAAGUUUCAAACGUCCUCCCCAAAGUGGCACAUUCAGAAGAUGCAGCGUCAGCCGCCGCCGCCGCCACCGCCGCCGCAGCCCGCGCAAGGGACCCGAUAUCAGACCAGACAGGCCGUGAAAGCUGUGCAGCAGAAGGAAGUCACCCAGAGCCCGUCCACGUCCACCAUCACCCUGGUGACCAGUACACAACCCUCGUCCCUGGUCAGUGGCUCGGGUUCCUCCAGCACCCUGGCGUCUGCCAUCAGCGCCGACCUCCCCAUCGCCACCGCCUCAGCCGACGUGGCCGCCGACAUCGCCAAGUACACGAGCAAGAUGAUGGAUGCGAUUAAAGGGACAAUGACAGAGAUUUACAACGAUCUUUCCAAAAACACUACGGGCAGCACCCUUGCCGAGAUCCGCAGGCUGAGGAUCGAGAUUGAGAAGCUUCAGUGGCUGCACCAACAGGAGCUCUCGGAAAUGAAGCAUAACCUGGAGCUGACCAUGGCCGAGAUGCGGCAGAGCCUGGAGCAGGAGCGGGACCGGCUCAUCGCCGAGGUGAAGAAGCAGCUGGAGCUGGAGAAGCAGCAGGCGGUGGAUGAGACCAAGAAGAAGCAGUGGUGCGCCAACUGCAAGAAGGAGGCCAUCUUCUACUGCUGCUGGAACACCAGCUACUGCGACUACCCGUGCCAGCAGGCGCACUGGCCCGAGCACAUGAAGUCCUGCACCCAGUCAGCCACCGCCCCCCAGCCGGAGGCCGAGGCCGAGGCCAGCACCGACGCGGGAGCCAAGUCGUCGCAGGGCAGCUCGGCCAGCACACAGCCGGCCCCUGCAGAGCCGGCCAGUGCCUCCAAGGAGAAGGAGGCCUCGGCCGAGAAGAGCAAGGACAGCAGCUCGACCCUGGACCUUUCUGGCUCAAGAGAGACGCCCUCCUCUAUUCUCCUCGGCUCUAACCAAGGCUCUGUGAGCAAAAGGUGUGACAAGCCAGCCACCAGCACCCCAACCUCCACCGACCGCCAGCCGCACCCCACCUACCCAGCCCACAAGUAUCAUUCCCGGAGCAGCAAGUGUGGGGCCCGGAGCGGCGGUGAGGAGAAGAGAGGCUCCACGCGUGCCGAACACAGCGCCAGCACCAGCACCAAGAAUCUCCUGGCCAAGGAGACCCGGCUGGACCCCUUCUGGGACUAGGGGCUGCUGAGGGGGGGCCGCCCCGCCCCCCACACCCUGGGACAGUCGCCGCCCUCAGACCCGGCCCGGCGCCCUGCACUGCCCGAGGCCCGGGCCGCGCUGUACAUACUGUACACUUUGUGCAUAGCCCCGAUAGAGCGCCUGCCCUUUUUAUAUUUCUAUUGACUUUUAACUUAUAAAAAAAAAAAGAAAAAGUAAAAACAACUUAGAAAAACCCAAACCCAACCACAACUGGGGAUGCUUGCUCGGCCCGCGGGGUCAGGCGGGGUCAGGCAGGGCAGGGGGCUGAGCCCGGGGAGGGCUGUGGCACAGGUUCUCCAGGGAGGGCAGCCACUGUCGCCUGACCCAUCUGCUCCCCGCUGCAUUGGGGUCAAGAGUUCGAGCCCGGGCUAUGUGGUUGGGGCUCACCUCAGAAGCCAUUCGCAGCCCACCUCCUCCCCCCCCCACUCCCCCCCUUCCCGGGCCACACUGUCCAACGUUGCUAGGAAGGGCCGGCUGCCCACGCCAGAAGGACACACACGGAGAAGCGUGUGUUUCGGGUGAUUUCUCCUCAAAGGGAAACCGAUAUCCUUGUUUACAAACCAUCUGCAGAAAGACCCCGCGUGCACGGUCACGCAGCACAGGACCGGGACCAGAGGAUGGUGAACUUGGUUUUGUUCUUUGAUUCCUUCCCUCAGCCGCCCGCGCAGCCUUAUGGAGACGAGGAGGCGGCCCGAGGCCGGGAGGACGCAUGUUCUGUAUUAUUUAUAACCACACGAGUUCCACGUCUUUAGGGAAGCAUGAAGCCCAGCCGUGCGCGAGGAAGCCCGGCCUGUCCCACGCUGCCGGUCACGCCACGCUGCUCUCCCCUCCUGGGGACACAUCCACGGGAGUGAGAGGUGAUAUGUGUAUAUGAGAACAUUAACUGUACGAUAUCAUUCCAGUACAUUCUGUUGUACAUUUUAGUCUCGUUUACUUUUCAUUGUCGAUAAGAGGAUGCGAACUGUACAGUUUCCAGCUAGUCACCCCCCAUUAGAAAAGAAAGAAGAGAUACUAGAAGAAAACCAGAGACAGAGGGAGAGACACAGAGACAGAGAACAGUUGUGCAUUGCAGUUGUCAAAACAAAAAAUAGCCUAGCUGGCCUUAUUUGUGAGGCAUAAUUGCUUUUAGCAUAUGGAAGUAUUUUUUCAUAUUUUCUUUGUAUAAAAUUUGUAUUAAACUUAAAUAUCUUUUUUGA